AUGGAACAACCGUCAGUCACUUGUUUUGCCACUCAAUCUGUUGACUAUCUCGCUCAAACUCACGAUCCAAAGACUUUAAAAUGCAGUUCUUCUCAAUAUCAGAGACAACGAGAACAAUGUCUCACAAAUGUAGCUAAAACUCAAUCAUCAUCAUAUGUGCCACGAUAUAAUCGUUCUCUUCAAAAUCGCAGAAUUCAACGAAAAAUAAGACAAUCAAGAACGAUGAAUACGUCUGAUGGUGUUGUUAGCGUAAACCAUGGCGCAGUAAAAAAAUCACUUGGUGGCAAAGAAAAAUUUUGA